GAAAAAUCCAAACACACCCAAGGGAGGAAUCCAGUUCCUGGAUGUAUGUUGUUGCAUAUUGUUACUUUUGGAGUCAACACUUCCUCCAACUGAAGAGCAUUUUCUGGCAGUGUUGCAACAAUGACUUCCGACCUAGUGCCAAUGCAUCCAAUGGGGCUUUGUGAUGGAAUCCUCAUUUUUGCAGAAGAUCUCGAAUGCGACAGCUGGAACAAUUCUGGAAAAUGUGAAAGCACCCAAAUCCUCCGAAACAGAGCCAACUAUGUCCUCAUAGCACAACCGGACGGACAUGAAGACGACCAGGCUGUAUUUCGGCUCAUGACAGACCAAAACAUGCGAAAUGUACCUGGAACCAAAUUCAACAUUCACAUCUAUGAAGACUCAAGGCCAAGAGGGCUGUCGGUGGCUUUCAGCACUGAAUGGAACCACAAAACGUACUACAUGUGUGUGGUGAAAAGCAACAGCCAUAUGAAGGUGGAAUUUAAGGAAGGAAAUGUGCCAAAACGUAUUGAUGGGCAAACCAGCAACGUGAUCUUCAACAAAACGUCAUUCUCUCAAGGUGGCAGUCAGUUCUACAAGUUCGAAACUGCCCUGGAACGAGGUUAUUUCCUCGCUUUUGAGAAGGAUGAGAACAAUAUCACAAGACUGAUUGUAAAAAAAGCCUCAGACGAAGUGGACCAGAGCACAGAGCUGCACCACGCCUCAUCCCCCUAAACACAUGAAUAAUCCUUGUUCCUAAAUUAAGUAAAUUUUAUAAUAUACCAUAUACUGUACUGUUGAGAGAGCAUGGGGCUGAAAGGCUACACUGAUGAUGGAAGAAUCGUGAUAAAAAAAAUCAAAUUAAAUGAGAAACUAAAUGAGCAGCAACUUACAACCCAAGAAUCGUAAUUAUAAAUUUCGAGGUGAAUCUGAAUGCUAAAAUAAUGUAAUAAAUGACGUGUUCCAAGGA